AUGAUGCUUAUUCCAUUAAAAAUUAAAAAAACAUUAAUUUUGUUAACAAAUUAGAAAGAAAAUUUGGUCUAAGACAUUUUUGAAUGCGACUUUCUUGAGUAUAAUAUUUAGAAAUAUCAAUAGCAUAAGACCAAGUGAUGGUAAUUUUUUUAUAACUAAGGCUGAAAACAAAUAAUAGAUAUAGUAUUUCUCUUCAUCUAGGCUUAAAAAAUUCAUGUGUAAAAUUUGCAUAUCUAAAAUAAAAAAUAAUUAAAGUGUUAUAAAGAUCAGUUGUUAACAUAUAUUUCAUGAAUAAUGUUUCAAAAAAUAUGCUAUGAGUAUUAUGAAAUAAUAACCUUUUAUAUUAACUUGUAAAAUAUGUAAUGAAGGUGUAAAUGUAGAUAAAUAAGAAUUAUACUUAAUUAAAGAGGUUAAAAGCAAAGUGUAAUAUAAAAAAUGA